AGUGGACACACACACACACACACAGAGGACAGAGGACAGAGCUGAAGCUGACGUUCUGAUGGCUAACCCUUCUUCUUUUAAACACACACUCCUGCUGAUAUGAAAACACACGGACUAUGGACCGGAUGUGGAGAAGUUGUCAAAUCCUGCUGUUUCUCACUGUCUUAACGGAAACAUCGCUGCGUGAAGAGGAGGAGACGACGACGUCCUGUGAUGGAGCCUUCGAUAUUUACUUUGUUCUGGACAGGUCCGGCAGCGUGUCAGGACACUGGGACGAGAUCUACGGGUUUGUGGAGCAGCUCACCCACAGGUUUGUCAGUCCCAGGAUGAGAGUUUCCUACGUGGUCUUCUCAGCCAGAGCAGCAGUGGUCCUCCCUUUGACAGGAGACAGGUCUAAGAUAGACCAUGGUCUACGGAGUCUGGCCCAGAUCAGACCUGCUGGUGAGACCUACAUGCAUGAAGGUGUGAAGGCGGUGUCAGAACAGAUGAAGGUCCAGAAUUCUCCGUCCUCCAGCAUCGUCAUCAUUCUGACUGAUGGGAAACUGGAGGUUUAUCCAUACGAGCUGAGCGUACAGGAGGCUGACGUCGCCCGGGGGUUUGGAGCCAGAGUUUACUGUGUCGGGGUCAUGGACUUCGACCACAAACAGCUCGCUCAAAUAGCCGACAGCAAAGACCACGUCUUCCCGGUGUUAUCUGGAUUUCAUGCCCUCAAAGACACUGUCAACGCGAUCCUGGAGCAGACGUGUGCCGACGUUUUCACCAUCCAGCCUUCGAGUGUUUGUGUGAACGAGUCCUUCAACGUGGUUCUAAGAGGCAGCGGCUUCAGUGGAGCCAGGAGGACGGACAACGUACUCUGUCUCCUCACCGUCAAUCACAACACAUACAAGCAGAAGCCAACGGUCGUUACAGACGGACACCUGCUGUGUCCCGCCCCAGUCCUGCAGGGGGCAGGAGAAUCUCUUGAAGUGUUGAUCAGUCUAAACGAUGGACAGUCCUUCAUCUCAGCUCCUGUCAUUAUCACUGCCACCACAUGUUCUGACGGGGCCUGGGUUCUCUGGCUCUUCCUGGUUCUGCUGCUCUUGUUGGUUCUGGUUUUGUUCUGGUGGUUCUGGCCUCUUUGCUGCACAGUGGUGAUCAGAGACCCUCCCCCGUCUCGACCUCCUCCCCCACCUCCUCCUCUCAUCAUCGAGCCAGAAGACGACCUUUCACCCAGACACCGGUGGCCGACGGUGCGCGUCGUACUACGGACGGGGGACGCGUCGUACUACGGCGGCCGAGGGCCGGGAGGAAUCAAACGCAUGGAGGUGCGUUGGGGGCAGAAAGGUUCCACUGAGGAAGGAUCACGGCUGGAGAAAGCCAAAAACGCUGUGGUCACUUUGCCAGAAGAAGUGCAGGAGCCCAUCGUACCAAGACCCCCGGCCAGACCCCCCCCAGUGUACACCCCCCAGACACAGUCUACAUGGUACUCUCCCAUCAAGGGUCGAUUUGACGCAUUAUUGGCUCUACUGAGAAGACAGUACGACAGAGUGGCCAUCAUGAGGCCCACGCCCCAGGACCAGGGUCGCUGCAUUAACUUCACCAGAGUCUGAAGAACCAGUGUUAAAAACGUCAACUGUCAAAUAAAUGUUUUUGUUUGUGGAUCACUUUA